AUGAAGGUUGAAGAUCAAUUGGCGUUGAUUCUCUCGAAGUUGGAUGAGCAAUUGAAGGGGAUCUUCGAGAACACGCGCUGCCUCCACCAAGUUCAUGAUUCAGUAACUGAGAUCACCGUAGCCAGGGCUGAGUUCGACCGCUGGAGAACCAAGGUCGACGACCAAGUGGCGGAUCUACGCGACUGCGUCGACAACCUUCAUCAGCAACUCGAUGAACUCAAGUCGGCUUCCACCACAACUACUACUUAUCCCGCCCAUGCUGGAUCCAGUUCUCUCAAGGUGCCGGGGUCCGCUCAUCUAGACCCAUCCUCUGUGCAGGCGGCAUCUGGUCCAUGUGGCCACGGUGCUGAACCCCAUCACCGGAGCGAUGGUUCGGGGGUCGUUUAUACCCUUGAACCACCUCCGGUCAACGAAAUUAGAGCUACUGUUUUGUUACAUCGUCCAAAAGACUUGGAUACUGCGAGUUCUCUUGCUAUUUUACAGGAAGAGGUACUGUCUGGGCAUGUUCCCAAGGAAUACAAGAAGCUGGAUUCAUCUUACUCAAGCAAGCAUACAAGCAAGACUCAGUCCAUGGCUGCAACUUUUUCAAACAAGACUGCUAACAGUAAACACUCUUCAGAGUCAGCUGUGGGGAAUUCUUCUGUUCAACCUGAUGAAAAAUUGGCUUCUCUCAUGGCUUAUAGAAAGGCCAGAGGCUUGUGUUUCAAGUGUGGUGGUAAAUGGGGCCCUCAACACAAGUGUCCACCAAAUGUUCCCUUACAAGUCAUUGAAGAACUCUGGCAACUUCUGGGAGAACUUGCUGAGCAAUCUCUUGAAUCUGAUUCUGACCCUGAUGAACUUAUGGCUUUAUCUGAUGAAGUAAUCAAGGGAAUCUGUGCACCUCAUACCCUUAAGGUCCAUGCAUUUAUUCAGGGUUAUAACUCUCUGGUUUUAGUGGAUUCUGGAAGUUUCCACAAUUUCAUCAGUGAACACUUGGCUAAAAUGUGUUAUGACGCUAUCCUUGGUAUAGAAUGGUUGGAGUCUUUUAGCCCUAUGCAGAUUCAGUGGAAGCAAAAGUGGCUCAGUUUUCAGUAUCAGCAGACUAAAGUCAAAAUUCAAGGUAUUCAAGGUACUACUGAUAAGCCACAAGAGGUUACACUUAAUCAACUGUUAGCUAUGGUGAAGCAGGAAGCUAUGUGGGGUGUGGUUGAGUUACAUGCAGUUGACACCACUAAUUCCAACAGCUAG